GGUUAGCAUUAGCAUUAGCAGCGGCACUGCGCAGUCGCUUAUCCGGUGAAGAGCGAGUUUCGGCAGGCUACCGCUUUCCAUCCUCCCCGGCCGGCGCUUUCUGACCCGGAGCGGAGUUAUACAGUUGGCUCCCCCAGGCUGAAGUGUCGUGGUUGAUUCCACCACCACUACCACCACCGUCUCGGCCAGUGAAGAUGUUUAACCCACAUCACCACCACCACCAGCAGCAGCAGCAGCAGCAGUUCCACCAGCACCUGCGGCAGCUGCAGCAGCUUUUCCAGCAGCAAACCCCUCCACCGCCUCCUCCCCCUCCACCACCUCCUCAGCCUCCACCCAGCCACCACAUCCCGCAUCACCACGCGGGAGGCCGGCCCAUGGCUGUACCAGCUCCGGCGCCACCCCCUGCCCGCAUGGUCAACCUCUGUUCAGCCACUCAAACUAUCAUCGCCCCCAACCCCAUGUUGCAAGGGGCUCUACUAAUGCAGCAGAUGCAGGGUAACAUGAGGAGCUUUGCCAUGGGUGGGCAGCAGUUCCAGCAGUUUUUCGCAGCAGGGUCUAGGUCCUCUAUCCUGGGACCUGUUCCACUCGGGGUCGCCAUCAAAACUCCACACAUGGGAUUUCCUCCACGACACUUCAACCCUCACGCUCGCUAUUUCAACAACGACUUCCAGUCACGGCAGCCUGACAGGAAGCGGGAGAUCGAGCAGAGGCCCGCGGGGGGCACAGACAGCCAGCCGGGGGCGAGCAGCAGCCGAGAUGAAGCAGCAGCAGUGGCGGAUGUGAGCAGUCAGUCCUCUGCACAGCAGUCAGACGAGCCUGCAGCUAAGAAACAGAGAACAGAAGGUUCAGAUGAUCAAGUGGAGACUGAAGCUUCCCUGAGCACUGAAUAUGAACGCCCUGCUGAAGAUCCAGACACUGCAGACUGCAUAGUGCAGGAAGACGGUACCGUGGCGGGGUCAGAGGCAGCCGAGGCAGUGGAACAGAGCCGAGCAGCUGAGCAGGUGGAGGAACCUGAAUCAUCACCUGAAGAUGUGAAGCAGCAAAACAGUCCGGGUCAGUCUGAGCCUGCGGGGUCAGAGGUCGCAGCUGACGGUCAGGAAGACGCAGUCGCUCAGGAGGACGCAGUCGGGUCGACUGCAGUCAAGAGUGCUGAGGAAAGCAGAGACACAGGAGGAGAAACUUCUAACAAAUUCUACUGUUAUAUCUGCAACAUCACCUGUCACAACCAGCAGAAUUUCCAGAGCCAUAUGAAUGGACUGGCCCACCAGCAGAGAAUGAUGGAAAUUCAGCACAUGAGUAAUGCCUGCCUCGUCACAUUACUGCCUCGUGUGCAGGAGUCCCUGCAGGGAGGACGCAAGGAUGGGGAGAAAAGACCAGGCCUGCAGAGGUGGUGUGCCACCUGCCAAACCCACUUCACCACUAACGUCAUGGACCAUCGCAAGACCAAGGAGCACAAGAUCUGUAGCCGUUCCUCUAGCCCUACCUGCACUCUGUGUCGGCAGCAGUUCAGAACGUCAAGAGAGUUCAUAGAACACAUGCAGUCCACUGAGCACAGGCAGCACAUGGAGCAGUUGUGGAAAGAGACUGGGAAGGAGAAUCUGAACGAGUUGUGUUUGGACGCUUACGCAGUGGGAGCAGACGAAACGGGGGAUAACAGUGAUGAGGAGGAAAGACCUGAUGAAGAAAAUGGAGAAGGGCUGCCUGUACAGAUGGAAAUCACACUGGAAGACAUGACCGAGGAGGAGGAGUUUGACCAGGGCACAGUGUAUGGUUCCAGCUUCGUGAUUCCCGUCGCUGGAUUUCUGUGCAGACUGUGUAAUCAGUUCUAUCACUUCGAGACGUCUGCGAGAAGCACUCACUGCAAGACACUCCAACACUUUCAGAAUAUGAAGAAAUAUAAGGCCUUAAAGCUCCAGGAGGACUCAACAGCUGAGUCUAUCUGCGGCAGCUCAGCAGACCCUCACACCAAGGACACGGAACCCUCGGCCAGCGACAGCAGACUAGUUCUGGAGAGCUCCACCGAACCAGCCACUACUCAUCAGGGAAGCACUACCGCAACAGCCGCUGCAGCCACCACUGCAGCCACCACCGCAGCCACUGCAGCAACCACCACCAGCAGCACAAGCAACAGCAGCAGCGAAUGCCCUUCCCCCAGCCAGCAGCCGGCAGCGCCCGAAACCCCCGGCGAGGCUGGAGAAAUGGAGGAAGAGACAGUUCUGGAGGAGCCGGAGGAAGGUGAAGACGCUGGAAGCAGCAUCCUAGAGGAGAAGCCCAGCAGAGGGCGCGGUAGGUCAUCAGCAAAGAAACGAGGAAGGGGAGGACGAAGACGCUGAGUGAACAGAAGAAGCAACGGUGGAAGCAUUAAAAAGAGGACUGAGCUGCUAUCUAAUGUGAAUGAGAGGGAAGUUGAUUGAUUGGAUCUCUGUCUAACCUGUCCCCCGAAGUGCACCUCUUCAGCUCAAACCGCAGAACACCAGGACAAUCCCGGUAGAGAAUAGGUCUUUCUUUCACUCAGCCUUUCGUUGUAGGUGUCGGCCCCCUUCGGAUUUUCAAACCACCAAACAAAACAUGUAGGUCAUAGUUCUCGUUUUUCUUUUUAUCUGAGCUUCAGGCGGUCAAAAGGUGGGAUAUAAGAAUACGGUUGGAUCUGUGUGACUAAUCUUUUUUUUUAAAGGACGUUGCACAAAAAAACAAAACGGACGUUAGCCCUCUUGAUGUGUGCGUGCUCGAUUCUGCACAGGCUUGUAGUGACUUAGAAUGUAGCAACAUUAAAAACAAGCAUUUUGAGAAAAGUAAGAAGGUGGUUUUAUAAAAAAAAAAGGAAAAUUACAAAAAAACAGUCAAGGUACUAUAUUUUGAAAAUUGAUGUCUUAAAAAGUUGUGUUCGGAUGCUUUGAAAAAUCGUGCAACUGAGAAAAAUGAGACCCCCAUCGCCCUUUUGUAAAAUUUGAUUUUAUUACAUUUUUUUAGAAUUAAUACAUUAUUUGAAAGGAUGUAACCCUUACUGGCCUGAAGCUGUUUUCACACUAAAUGCAGUCUGUUCAAGCUGUUUGUCCGUUGAAUAAAAAAAAAUAAAUAAAAUAAAAGUGUGAGGUGCUAAAGAUAAUUAAAUUAGCUGCUCUGCAAUUUACUGUGCUUUGACUUGUGGCACAUAGAUAAAGGUAGGUGCAGCAAUAAACAGGUUGCUGCAUCUUCACCAUGCAUCCCAUUGAAAAUUCACAGCAGGCUCUGGGUGGUCCAGCGGAUUUAGGCGCUGCCACAAUGAACGGGAGAUUGCUGGUUCGAAUCCCGAUUAUGCAGCCUGCCAUCGGCUGCCGGAGCCAGAUAGAGCACAAUUGGCCAUGUUCUCUCUGGGUGGGUAGAUGGCGCUCUUUCCCCCAUCACUCCUAGGGUGAUGUUGAUCAACACAAGGCAUCUGUGAGCUGAUGUAUCAGAACUGAGUCACUGCGCUUUCCUCAGAGCGCACUGUGAUGGUACACAGCAAUGCUGCAUCAGCAGCAGUUAAAAAAAAAGAAGUGAUUUCUAGUCUAGUUCACUCUUCUUGUGUUGGGGCAUCACUAGUGAUGGUGGACAUACAGCUUCUAGCAGCUGAGUGGGUGGGACAAUUGGCAAGGUAAAUUGAGAGAAAAUGGGAUGAAAUUGUAAAUUCAAUUUGAAUUUGAAUUUUCUGCUUUUAAUGUGAAAACACCUCAGGCCAUUCAUUGUUCCUUUUGUCUACAGAACAGACCCUGGCUCACAAAAUGCAAACAUGUUUUGCCUGGCAUUAGUUUUAGAGAAUUCAGACAAUUCUUGAUCAGCUAAAUAUUGGAGGGAUACCAACCCUGGGGUGUCGUUGAGGGCGUUCUUGGAGGGCGUGUUCUUAAUACAUCUAAACAAGCUUAUCUGCUAAUUAACAAGCCUUUCUUGGGUUAAACGUGCUGUGUGGAGCACAGCCAGGGUUUGAAACCAGUGGAGUAGUUGACAAUUGUGUAGCUAGCCAUUGCUUCAGUAAAACCAGUCAGUAGGGUCAUUGUAAGUGGUCUUAUGCUGCAUUCCGUUUAAACUCUUGAGUUUCAAGUGGAAAUUUAAACUAGAACACAUUCAAGUUGGGUUUCCGAUAAAGUAUUUGGAAAGUAGGGAGAGCCUUACCCAACACGGAGUUAGAAAUCCAAGAUGGCUGUUCUGUACUUCAACAGCAGUAAAAGGAGUAGUUUCAUACAGAUUAUUAAUCUUUUUGUUUAUUCAUGUUGUACACACAAUAUUGUUCAGUUUUUAUCUGUGGACUUGUUUUCAUGGUGUUUGGGUAUGCAAAAUACUGCAUAAUGCAAGCAAUGCUAACCUGGGAUAAUGCUAAAUGCUUACAAUGAUUAUUAGUAAUAUAAAAUGUGGGUUAAAUAUUUUUUUGCUGGAUUCAGCACUCGUAAAACAUGGGUCAAUAAUUGUCAAACCAGCUGUAAUAAGCGUCAAUAAAAGUCUUUGGCCCAAUCCAGCCCAUUUCACCCAUUCACCCUACCACUUACCCCUACCCCUUAUUUUCGAGUGUAACCCUUUCCCUUGGAUCAGAGUUAACUUUAGGGCACCGUAUAUAUUCAAAAAGAGAGAGGUGGUGCAGAAAUGUAUUAUAAUUGUCCUUUCCUUAAUUCCUAAAAUGAGCUUUGAUUAGCUUUUAUUUUAUUUUAUAUUUUUUAGUUCCGCCUUAAAUGCUGCAGCCCCUGCUGCCUGUUGCACAAUUUAAGGUGGAACCGGAAAGUUAGAUAGAUAGGCAAACUACUAGCAAUCUUUUUUUACGCUUGUUAUGAAGAAAUGGGCGAUAAAACAUUAAAACAAUAUCAAAACUAUGGUAAUAUGGUAAUACAUUUGUGGGUUUCUUACCAGUGAUUAUCAAAUCCCCUUUGUUUGAAGUGUGCAUCUGAAAAAUCUCCAUUUAAAUAGAUAACAAUCCCUUUCUUUUCCCCUCCAGCCUAAGAAGAAUCGGGACACAAAACAGAUGGGUAGGGGUAAGAGGUAGGGCCAAGGGGUUAAAUUGGAUUGGGCCUUUUGCUAACUGUUAUUUUUGGGAAAGUUUUAAAAUGGUAUACAAUUUUGAACUUUUAACUUUAAUUCCGUCUCUAGUGACACAUUCCCAGCUUGGUCUUCCCACAUCUGAGUUAAAUGGAAUGCAGCAUUAUUCGUGGAUGAAUAGGCACAUAUGGCCUCUGGAGAGCUCAUUCAGUACUGAAAACAGUAUCACUGAGAGGUGACAGGAGCAGAGACUUGAUAUGCCAACGUUGUCCUAGAUAGCAAUCGUUCUCACAUUGGCUUCACCCGCUUACGAAGUCCCUCUACGUAACGCAACACGAGUGGACAUGCUCAGCUCAGAGGAGUGCUUCUCUAGACCAGAGUAUUCUGGGGUUAAACAGACGAUGAGAAGAACAUUUCAGGUUAGCUCUAGCAGGAUCACACAAAGCCAGCACUCUUUAAAGAGCUUUUUGUACGCAUGCUGUUCCAAUGACCAAUACUUGGGCUACAGCCUGAGGCGUUUGAUGAUGACUUUUUAAAAUCCUUGGUAAAUGUUUCUCCGUUCAUAACCAGAGUAACCCGCAUUCUCCACCAGUGUUCUGGGCCCGUCGUAGUCCUGGUGGAUGUGUUGUUUCUAGCUUAGCUGAUUAUGUGACCAUGCUGUUCUCGUCUUUCUUUCUUUAUUAUUUUUAUUUUCUGAAAAACUGCUCUGCACUGGAAAAGCGGGUGUGACGAAGGAAGGACUGACUUUCGUGUAUCUAACUAUACUAUAAUACUAUCAUUUUUUUUUCUUCUUUUUAGCCAGGAAUAGUCAUCAUCACAGACUCUUCUAGUCAGUUUAGUAGCAAACUCUUGGUUAAUUUCCAAAACUCACAAUAAAAAAACCCCUACAGAUUCUACAGUAAAGGAAAAGUACUGUACAAAGUUGUUGAGGGAAGUUGAGCAGGAACUCUAGCAUGAGAAAAUACGCAGAUCUGCCACAUUAUUAAAAACAUGUCCAUAUUGAUUUUUCCCUUACUUAUAGUCCUUAUUCUGUAGUUCUACACUUACAGACUGUAGUCCUUCUGCGCAAGAAGAAGAUACCACUCGUUUCUCAAAUAUAAUUAUUUUCUUUAAAGCAUUGAAAUGCUGGUAUCCGUUGGAAUCCCAUUUGUGCAAAUGUAACAAGCCCCUCCUCAAGGUCAUAAAACUAGGAAAAUGCAUAGAUGACUUUCUGACUUUUCAUAGCUGUGUGUAGAGAAGAGUGUAAAACACUGAAUUUAGUGCAGUUUUUUAUUUUAUUUUAUUUUAUUCAGUGGUCUUUGAGAAGCUUUGUGAUCUUUUUACAUCCUCAGUGGCAUUAUCUGUGUGGACAAUGUUGGAUGUUGAUGUGUUUUAAUUUCUUCUGUUUUUUCUUUUUCCAGUUGAAAUAUUGUGUUUUAUUGUUUUUAUUUAAUUUUGUGUAUUUUAAUUUUGAAACUCUUUGAUUACACACUGGAAGAAGUGAAAGUGCAGAUGUGUGAAUGCUUGGCCUGGCUAAUGCAACGAAUGGUCUGGAGACAUGUAGCUAAAUCAUUCAGCAGAUACAUAGACUAACGGUUGUAAUUUCAGUACUGUUUACGUAGAAUCACUUGGGCAUUAAUGUGUCUCAUGUAUGGAAGUUUCCUGGUGGCUGAAUUAAAUGGCAACAUUAAGCAUAAUUCUAGAAUUUAUUUUAUAAACAAAAAACCUUCAGAGAACACACGUCUUCAAUAGGGAUGCUUUAAUACUGAAUUUUUGAGUUGCUAGGCAAAUUCAAGAAACAAUGUUGAGAAAGUUCCAGCUUGAUCUCACAGUUCACAGUUUUCUUGCUAUAUUUACUGUACCCAAAUACCUUUCUUUACUGUAACCAAGCAAAAAACAUACAUUUGUGAAACAUAAUUUCAUUAUUUUAAAUCAACACCUAAACUCUAAUUCUAAACUGAACCAGAACCAUGUUAAAAUACUCUUUCCAUUCAUUUCACUUCCAAACAUUCAAAAAGAGAUCAGAAAAGUUGAAUCCCAUGCUUAUGGUGCAACCAAUAUGAGCUACUUUUCUCCACCACUACUUUAUAAAACACUGUGUGUGUCCAAAGUGAGGUACCCUUCAUACAGAGCCAAGAAAUGCAGCCAAUGUUUGUAGCAAUUCUGAGGACGCAGCUGAUGUAUACUUCCUGGCCAUCAGUUACCCACAAUUCCACAGUUGAAUUUGUGUGACAUAGUCUACUAAAGUAGGAUUCUAGAUAGUUCUACCAAGGAACUUGACUGUAAUCUCGGCUUUGGAAUGCAGCUAAACUCUAUCUUCAGCUGUGUAUUUCAUUUUUACAGUGCAAUGCAGACAGGUUGUGUUCUGCGACUGUGUUUUAUAAAAAAGACAAUAGCAGGCUUCAAGAAUAAAGUAAAACAAUUUUGAGAAAAAAAGUUUCAUAAUAUUUUGAGAAUACAGCUGCAAUAUUUGGCACAAUACCAGAGAAGUCACAUUCAAAUGGUCAAGGUGUUUGAAAAAAGCAUAAUACAUGCUUCCUGUUAAAAAAAGGGAUGUUAAUGAUUUUGCUAGUUCAUCCCCCCCCCCCCCAUUCGUCUGUACAGUGUGUCCAAUCUGGCAACAAUAGCUAUGAAAACAUAUUUGUGGGCAGAGCCUGUUUUUGGGUCUUUAAAAUGUUAUGUUAAAUGUAGGCAGAGUCGUUUCAUCCACAUGGUAGUUAAUGUUCAGCCUCCAUCAGGCAUGUAGAGUCAGUCAUGGUGUUACUCAUUUGCAGUUGUGGAAAUUAAUCAGCGUCCUCAUGAACAUACACACAAGCACCGUACACAGUAUUAUUCACUCUGAUCCAGGGGUUGGAUAAACAAAAGCUUUCAUAAGAAAAAAAAACUUUUUUUAUUAGGCUAGGCCAAUUGUCCCACCCAUUAAGCUGCUACAUAGCUGUAUCGCUAAGCAAGCUGAAUGACUGGGAUUCGAACCCAGAGGCCGCUGGACCACUCAGCACCAAAGAGAAAAGAAUGUUAAGAGAAACACUAAAGUUCAUAACCAUUGGCCUCAUUCUGCAAAACAUAUCUAUUAUAAAGUCCAUAAGAUACAUAAUUCAGCAGAUUCCCGAUUUCUAUUUUUAACUGCAAAAUUGCUUACAGCUCUGAUAUAAAAAUAAUGAUCUCACUCCCUUCGUAAAGAUAGUUAUAAAAACAAAUUACUAAAAAUAAAUACAUUUGUUGAUACCUUUUUCUUUUACGCCUGCUUUUACAGAAAUUUGACUACCCUUGGCGUGAAGGUGCUUCACGCAGCAGCAUGGGUACAUCAGAUGACACUGGUGUUUACUGUAUCUACUGUAACUGUAGAUUAACCCUUAUUUAUACACAGGAAUGAAAGAAAUCAUAGGGGAAUUUGUUGGGUUUUGGCAAAAUACUUGGAAAGGAAAUUUACUUAAGUCCCAUAAUUCACUAAACUGCAAUGUAAGACUAAAACUAAUUGAACUAAAUGUGUACAGUGUAGCAAACACAAACUUUACUUAAGAUUCAAAUAUAGGAAACCCCCCUUUAGACCAGAGCUAACAACCCACAGGCAAAAAAGUCGACUUAAAACACUUUUGUGAAUCCAGCACAAAAAUGGAUUUCCUUUAAUUUAUUCAGUCCCAGCAGCCACAGCUACAUCCUGAGUGUUGUAUAUGGUACCAGUGGAGCUAACAGACAGCCUUUUUGUAAUAUUUAUCAGGCCAGUGUGUUUUGGAAGCCGUAUAUUGUACAGCAGAAGCAGCAGUAGCAGAUAAUACUCAUCAUACAUCUCAUCAACAUCUAGCUAACCAAUGGGUAAUCAUCAUCAUUCAUAACACGCACACAUUCUGGACAAACCUUGAGGAGAUAAUGAUGCUACACAGAGGCAAGCUAUUCUGUUUGAGAAGUCCUACCUCCAGGACCACAGCAUUAAGGAAAUGUGGAAAAUUAGAAUGAACACCAGAAUGGAAUGGACAUUUCAUAAUCUAUUUUUAUUCAACAAACGACAAAAAAAGGAAUAGAUCAAAAAAUAUGGUUUUAUAGCAGCUGGAAGUACCAUGUAUGUUUUCCGAUGUUUGUUUUUCUGCAUUUGGGUCGUUUUAAUGUUAAUUAAAAUAUUUGAUGAUUA